UGCGAGGCUGGAGGUUGAACAGUAAGCCGCCGAUACAUGAUCUUCGGAAGAGGAUAGGCGUAGUGGCAGCGGAGCUUGCGUACUCUGCAUUGGGCAAACUGUGCCAGUGUUUUCAGACGAUAGAUGCGUGUGUCGGGAGUAAGCAUGGACGCGAAAAGCACCGGCGUAGAUCGUCCUGAAAGCGGGGUGCAAGUCGAGCCCCAAAGAUGCGCUCUCGGCGGACCACAGGCGCAGUUCCCCGGCGUAAGAAAUGCGUGCAGCGGCGACCCCUCCAAAGUCCUCCUGAAGUACAGAAACGCUUCUGAUCUCAGGGUCUCAUACAUUCCAAAGUCAGGAGCUGGGAUUAUUAAAAGUGUCACGGCUCACUGGUUACAGCCGGAGACUAAAGCCAGGACCGUACGGUCCUCCAGCAUAGGGAGUCGGUACCCGUCUUUAGACCGCUUUCCCCGCAAAAGGUUUUCUGUGGAUCGGCUGGCAGCGCUUGCACUGCACGGUCAGACAUGCCACAUUAAUAGCGACACCGAGCCUCGCUCCGUCAAGCCAAAGAACCGCCGGCGCAUCGUGGUGCUGGGAGCCCGUAAAGUGGGCAAGUCCUCCAUCCUGCGGAGGUUCCUCCGCGAUGGCUUCGAGGAGCAUUACGAGCCCACGUCCGAGGACUUUCACAGAAAGCUGUACGACAUCCGUGGAGAAACCUAUCAGAUCGACAUCCUCGAUGCCUCGGGGGAGAGGGAUUUCCCCGCAAAGCGCAGACUGUCAAUCCUAACUGGUGACAUAUUUCUUCUGGUGUUCAGCGUGGAUGACAGAGAGUCUCUGGACGAAGUCUGUGCAUUGCUCAAGGAGGUUGUGGCUGCCAAGUGUAAGCUCCUAAAAUCCAAAGAAAACGCGUGUAUCCCGGCUGUGAUAUGCGGGAACAAGGUGGACUUGAGUGGGGAGGAGAGAACCGUAAGCCGUGCGGACGUUUGCCGUGCGCUUGGAGACGAUUUUCCCUACUUCGAAAUCUCCGCCAAGGAGGACACUAACCUGGAGGAGAUGUUUGAAGUUCUGGCGGAACGGGGUGGACUCCCAACCGAGACCGGGCCGUCGCUGCACCGCAAGAUCUCCAUUCGCUCGUACCGGGCCUUGCGUUCCGGCAGACCGACUGGAAGGCGAAUUACGCUGGUCCAAGAUGCGCCAUGCGGGGCGCUUUGCCCUCUAACUCGCCGGCCGAGCUUCAACACCGACCUCCGGCAGGUCCUCGGAACCAGUACCUCCAGGAAGCGGAGAAAACCUCUCGACAAGUGUCAGAUUCAAUGAGAUCACAACUCAGGGGACAUUUUUGCUAAAACGUUGGUCAAUCUGUUUCUAAUACAUGAGAAUGCAUUUAUUAUAACUACCAUUUUAUUUCAUACAUGCUGGCUGGACCAGUAAAUAAUUAUGACCGAAUGUGUGACUUUUAAGUUAAAUUUUUAAGAAUGAUGUCUGGAGUUGCAUGGUAAAUAAAGGAAUGCUUUU